AAGAGAGAGAAAAUUGCGAGACGAACCGAACCGUCGUCUUUUGUUCUCAAAAAGAAGCGAAGCCAAGCCAAGCCCUAGCCUAGCGUCUCCGUCUUCCCCUAUCUGUUCCUUUCCUUAAGAUUCGUAAUCUGUUUGUUGUGGGAUUGCCUCUCCUCUUUGGUUUAUCAUAACCUCUCACUCGCAUCAGAUGCACUUUUGGUUAUCUUCAUACCAAAAUGCAGAUUUUCAGUUGCAUUUUCAAUCCAAAUGGACUGCAAGAAGUUCAUCCAGAUGGUCGAGGAGAAGAAACGAAGAGUUCUAGAGAAGCAAGAAGCUCCUUUGAAAUGGGAGCAGAAGCUAGAGGCAGCUGCCAAUGCUAAAGCGGACUCGGACACCAAAGUAAAGAAGUCAAAGGUGGUCAGUAAGAGAAAACAAAGAGGUGCGUCUGAAUCUAGCUCAGAAAGUGAUAGUAGCUCUGAGGUGAGAAGAAAGUCUAGAAGAUCUCACCAUAAGCACCGGAGACAUGCACACUCUGAUUCAGAUGACAGUGAUAGGAGGAAAGAGAAGAAAUCCAGGAGACAGAAACGAAGGUCCUUGAAUCCAAGCGAUGAUAGCAGUGAUGAGUAUAAAAACGGGUCAGAGGAUGAGCUGAGGAUGAAGAUAAAGCACCAUCGGAGGCACAAGUGGCAUAGCUCAAGAAAGACUUGGGAUGACGACAAUACCGAAGAUGUAAACAGAAGACAUUUAAAGCAUCACAGGCGCAGUGAGGUGGUCACUUCAAGUGAUGGUGAGGAAGACAGUGGAAGAAGAAGGCGAGGCAAAUAUAAUUGGCACAUCAGAGGUUCAGCUUCGUCGAGUGGCUCGGAAGAUAGUGGGAAAAGUAGGAAGAGAAGGCAUCGUUGGGCAGAGUCUUCAAGUGAGGACGAUGGAGCAAUAAGAAGGAGAAAGCAUAAAAAAUAUGACAGAGAUUCAGCAUCCGAGUCUGAUGGAAGAAGGAUAUCAGAUGAGAAAAGCGAGCACAACUUGGACAAAUGAAAAUGGAAAUUGUAUUUGUUUUUAAAUUCACGUCAUAAGAUCAGGAUGUUGUGGUAACUAAACGAGCACAUGAGUUCUACUCAGAUGUUGGGACCCAAAGAUGAUGAAUAUUCUGUUGAAUUACAAUUGUUGUAGCACUCUGUCUCUCUUCUUAGAUUUUCGUUUCACAUUUGUCGCAAGAAUGGUUUUUGGUUUGAUUCCUCAUGUUGCAAAUUAUCUUUGAUCAAAUAGGCUUGUUUUAUACU